GCCACCCUAUGCGGAAUAAUAUCACACCCGAACUUUCGUCAUCAAGUGUAGUUGCCUUCGGGUAGAUGACUGUAGCUUCUAAGAAAAGUCCAAUAGCUUUGUAUGCUGCGUCAGGGAAGCUUCUAACACGAACAACUUAUUUCGACUUCUGACUAGAACUCUGGUCGUUUUUCACCCAGUCUUUUAAAAUACGAUACCUUCACGUCUCUUUUAAUCUUAUCUUCCCCAAAUCUACAAACUAACCUCCCAAAGCACCGAAUAACCCCACCUUCAAUAUGUAUCGCGGUGGAUUCAGCCCCUUCGACGCCGACGACCCAGCAGCCAUGGCGUACAUGGCUCGUUCCGGCAUGAUGCGCGGAGCUGCCGCGCGACGCUUCGACGAGUACUUCCGCUGCUACCCGAUUAUCAUGGCCCCCGGAGCCGAGAGACCGGACUUGAACUACGGUUCCAAGAUAUUCUUACCACCUUCGGCACUUCAGAAGAUCUCACAGCUGCACGUGCAGUGGCCCCUUAUGAUGGAGUUGGUGAACGGCGAGAAGGAACGUCUGACUCAUGCAGGUGUGCUAGAGUUCGUAGCGGAGGAGGGCAGAGCAUACAUACCACAAUGGAUGAUGCAAACUUUACAACUAGACGUCGGCGACAUGAUCCAGAUCAAGACGACAUCCCUAGAGCUAGCCAAGAUGGUCAAACUACAACCGCAGUCAACCAACUUCCUCGACAUCAGCGACCCCAAGGCGGUCUUAGAGAAGGCCUUCCGGAACUUUGCCACGCUUACCAAGGGCGACGUUUUCAACUUCGAGUAUAACGACGAGGUCUACGAGGUAGCAGUUCUAGAGGUGAAGCCAGAGACUGAGAAGAUGGGUGUCUGUAUGAUUGAGACGGAUGUCUCUGUGGAAUUCGCCCCACCGGUGGGAUACGUCGAACCACAGAAGGGUAGCGGAACGAGCACACCGCGAAGUACGAAAGGCGGCCUACCUGCCGGCGGGCUUAUGCAUCCCCAAGGCACGAUGGCCCAGUCUAUCAACUACGACGCUAUCGCCCCCAACGCUACGACAGCCGCGGCCGGCGCCCGAGCCGUCUCAUCGCAUUUCCUGAGCGAGGGCCACAAGCUGAACGCUAAGAAAGGAUCCAAGGCCCCGACGCCCAAACCCUCGACUCCCGUAGCCGGCGCAUCGACCAACACCGUUCCCGCUCCGCCGCGACGAACGAACGGUCCUAUGCCGCUCCGAUUACCCCCCAACAAGCUGUUCUUCGGCUACGAGAUCAAGCCCGUCAAGACGGACGCGGAUAAGGAGGCGGAGAAGGAGAACGCUGCCAGACCGCAUUUCGCGGGACAGGGCCAAACUCUUAGGGGAGUGGUCAAGCGGAAGGAUGAGGGCGAGGGAAAGGGUAAGGCGCCGGAGAAGAAGGCGAAUGAGGGACGCCGACUGGAUGGACGCUAGGCGUGACGGGAUGUGAAACUGAAGUGAGCUAACUAGGACAUCGACGAGGCGUUUAUGGAGUUGCUAGGUACUGCGACUAGGGUUUGGUAGCUUAAUAUGAUGAUCAUGAUAUUCUCGUGCUUUGGUGGGAUGUUGCUGAGGUGCUUGGGUGCUAUUGAUUUGAACGGCUUCGACUACAUUUGCAGGGAUUCUCGCAAGUAUUGAUAAGGG